CUUCGCGGGAAACAAUAUUUUUUGUCAGUAUCUGUCACGAAAAUACCCCAUUUUCAUCAUGACGAAGCGCCCGCAUCCCGAUGGCAGCUCUGCCGACAUUUCCCCAAUGCAACUAAAAACUCGUGUGGGUGAAAGACAAGUGAAUGAAGGUGUAAAUGCCGAGGAAAACAUGAAGAAAGUUUAUGAUAAGACUCUGAGCAUGAUGAUGGAAGGGGCACGUGAACAAGCCAAACAUGAGAAAGAGGAAGAAAUGGCCUGUGAAGAGGCGGAGAAAGAAGAAAAAGCAGAAUCUGAGGAAAAGGCUGAGGAGGAAGAACAAAAGGUUGAACCAGGCCAGAUGUAUCUGAACACAAAAGGAGACUUGGCAGUAGCUGGUGUAUAUGUUGCUGUACCUGAGGAAGAGGGCGAGAAGAAAGAAGACAAAAUGGAAGAAAAUGGAGGUGGAGAUUCAAAGAAAGAAACAGAUGAGAAAAUGGAAGAAGGAGAAAGCAAAGAGAACGGAAGUGGAGAUGCCAAGAAAGAUGAAACAAAAGAUAGUGGUGCGAAGACCGAAGAUGGAGAGAGUAAAAAGGAAGAAAAUGGGAAAAGUGAAAAUGGUGAUGGGGAAAAUGAUGAGAAUCAACCAUCUUUGGAACAAUUUGGUUUCAUAGUCGAUGGUCCAUGCACACAUACAUCGCCACUCAAAGCAGCAAGGUUGUCUCCAGCAACAAGUCCUGCCAAAUCUCCUUACAAACUAGAGAAGAGGCCAUUGAAUCUGGAUGAAAAAAUGGAAGAAGAUAAAUCAGAAACUAAAUCUUAAGACAGUUGACUUAGACUUUAUCUCAGGUUCACACUGUUUAGACACUGUUUGUUGUAGACCAGUACUUCUCACAGUUGCUUCCCUGGACUGAGGCAUCCUGCAAAAUUCAUGCAAAGAUAUCGGAAGUUGUCUGUGCGUUUUCUAUGAGCCAGAACCGUUGUGAAGAGGCUCUGGGAGACACUUGGACAGAGAUGAAGGAGUACUUGAUAUCUGAUAACUGACUAGAUGAAAAGUGUAUUUGUACAAGUGAAAUGUGUUCAUUGUUGGAUAUCCUACAUGUAACCCCUUUUUCAAGUUUUUCUACUUCCGAGGAAGAUCAUGUCGUUUUCAUACCCACUGUGUUCUUAAUAUCAAAUGUGCAUCAUCAUUUUCGAUAACUGAGACCCUGACUGCAAGUGUGAUACUCUUGCAAAGAUUCCUUACUGAUGCACUUCGAGGUUGUACUUCUAUGGCAAAGUGAUUGUUGUUGAAAAAACUGAUGUGUUCAGAUUUGCAAGAAUUUGAUUGAUAACAGUAAAUUGGCUGGAACUAAUUUCCUGUGCAUUUGAUGAAAUGAUUGUGCUGUAACGUGCUGCAAAGA